AGCAUUUAUCGAGUAUAAUCCAAAAACAGAAACAAAUGCUAUCAUGUUGACACUGGUUUCAAAUUUUUCACAGUGUUGUAAAGAUGAACGAAAUGAUAUUUGUAGGUCAGGUUCAAUGUCUGGUGGUCCUAUUCGUAGAGCAUCACAAGCUUUACAAUUGACUGCUUUGCCUCAUAUUGAAAACAUUCAAGCUGAUUAUGGAGGAACAGAAAUAAAAAAUGUUCUCAAAUGGUCAGUUAAGAAUACUCGUAAUGAUAUGUCAAUCUCUGUUUUCUUAUUAACAGAUGGAAUUGGAUCCUACGUUUCACAUCAUUUAGAGAGUCAGUUGCUCGAGCUGGGAAAGGUUACUCACAAUUUGUCACCGAUGAAGAACGAGUGGAUAAAAAAGUUAUUGGAAUGGUCAAGAAUGCAAUUAAAAAUGCCUCCCAAUUCCAUUCCUGCUAUAUAUUUGGGUGUGCGUGUAAUAUUUUACGUGUUUCUAGCAAAAGACGUCAAACCUAAAAACGCGAUAACUCUUUCAGCACAAUCCUUGGAUGGCCCAAUUAAACUUAAUGUUAAAGUAGAUCCAGUAACUCUUUGGGAUCGAAAAUACAUACCUUGGCUGCUCAGAGAUUAA